AAGGGCCGGAGCCGCGGCGGUAGCAAUCCAGUCCCGAAGCGAGCAAGAAGCAGCCCCGGAGCGAUGCCCACCAUGACCGCCGUCUGGCUCUGCCUCUGCCUCGGCUGCCUCGCCGCCUGGCCCGCCUGGGCUCUCUCGGCCAGCCAGGCUCCGCCGCCAGCCAAUGAAGACGAUCAGCCCCCACUAGCCCAGUUCCCAGUCGAGAUCUCUCAACACGACGUUCUUCCGGAUGCGAUUUCACGGGAGUUCCUGAUGCAGAAGAUUCAGGAGAAUCUGGAAGACGGGCAAGAGGAGCUCCCCAUCCUGGUCCACGGGGAGCCCCAGUCGGUGCCCCUGCAGCCCAGAGGGAGAGGGCCCCCUUGCAGGGAGGUGGGCUGCAGCCGCGAGGCCCCCUUCUACAAGCUGGAAGACUUCCCGCCAGGCCGCCCCUCCCUCAGCAACCUGGGGGCCCUUUGUGCUGCGGGGCGGAAGAAGCACAGCUACGGGCCCUGGAACCUGCCCCAGACCAGCUUCAGCCACCUCUCGCGCCAGGGGGAGGCCCUGAACCAGCUGGAGCUCCAGUUCACCCGCUGCUGCCAGCUGGCCGAGGACCAGAAGCUGCCCUGCGCCUCCAACGAGUGGGAAAAAUGCCUGGCCCGGUUUUGCAAGCAGGAGUUUUCGACCAAGACACGGCCCUUCCACUGCUGCCGUGCAGGCCCCCGCGAGGCCCGUCUCAGCUGCUUCGCCAGCCAAGCGCCCUUCCCCAAGUACGAGGGCGAGGGGGCAUCGCUGGACCUGGCCAACCUCACCACCACCAUCCUGGACUCCAUUUGCAGCCAAGCAUCAAGCCAGGCCAAGCAGAAGCCCAGCCCGGCUUUAGUCCAGAACAUCACAGAGUCCUGUUGCAAACUGCCAGAGAGCGAACGGACCCUCUGCGCCCAAGGAGUGAAAUCGCAGUUCAUCACCGCUUUCUGCAGCUCCCAGAGGCGCGCCUGGAAGGACCCCCAGAAAUGCUGCGCCCAGACGGAGGAGGCCGCCCGCAACGACUGCUUCGACCGCAGCUACCUGGGACGCGUCUCCCUCCUCCGCAGGGAGCAAGAAGAGGAGGAGGAAGAAAUCGUGCUUCCCACCCAGACGGCCUCCUGAACCCUCCCGGGGCCUGAUCCUGCCCUCCUCAAAGCCCCCCCCAGCCCGUCCCUGCCUCUCCUUCCCUUUGGCUGGCUCCCUCCCCAAAUCUGGGGGUAGGACCAGAAACCCUCUCCCUUCAUGGACUUUAUAAUCAAAGAGGGUCUCCCUCGAGAGGCUCCAUUCACGCACUUUAAUUCCUUGACAGAAGCCGCAGGCCGGUCACAGCCAGCCGAGCUGGGGGGGGAGGGGAUUCUGCAGCUCCUUCUUGGCUUUGCUGCUGGAGAGCACUUGGUGGGGUUUGUAGGCAUCUGGGAGGACAGAAAAGGGGGCUCUGGCUGUGUCCCACAGACCUCCCCUGGCUUGGCCCAGGGAACGUCGCUGCCUCUCAACUGUGGGCUGCUCCAGAUCCUGGACGCCUCUCUGUCCCCUAGUGGAUCCCUGCAGAAAGAUCGGCCAUGGCUUGUCUAUCUAAAGGGAUUGACUACCUUUGGGAUCCAGCUUUGCUGUUUGAGAGAGAGGGCCAGGAACGGAAGCCCCGUGAAUUGGAGAAAGGAACUGAUUUUGGCUGAGCUUCCAAACUGCAGCCCCCUCCCCGCCGUGCCUCCCAAACAAAGAAGGGCGUAGCAGCCUCCAGAAUGGCUCUUGCCAGCCCUAAAGGCAGGUGGUGGCGGCCGAUUGGCAUCUUGCUGUACCCAGCUGCAUAUCUGCCUGGUGACCAAUCCUAGACUCUCUGCUUGUAACAAAUGCCUUGGGAGAAAGCGAUGACAUGGCCUCGUGCCAGAGGCAAAGGGUUCGAUAAAUAAACCACUUUUUGGAAAAACAA